CUCCCCGCUCUACCUCUCACCAGCUCUCCCGGUCACACCAGUUUAACAACUCUCUCAUCCGUUUUCGAUUCUUUUUUUCUCUGAGGUGAUCUUCUCCCUCCUUCCUCCUUUUGGAUCUGCAAAUGUGGUUCUGUCUUUCGGGCCAUUAACCUUUAGUUGUGUUCCAGAUCGAACGAUUCAGCCUCUGAUCUUCCGACAGGGGCAUACGUUUUAUUGAUUGGUUGAUUCACUGCUCAAACGCUUUACCCUCUGAUCGAUUAAGCAUGUGUGGUCUCUUUAAGAAGCUCGAUACAGAGAAUACUCUGGCCAAACCCAUGAACGAUGCUGAGUGUGAACAUUCGUUUUCCGCUUUACUUGAGUUUGCUGCGGAUAACGACGUGGAGGGCUUUAAGAAGCAUCUCUCUGCUGCUGUGCCUUGUAUCAUCAACCAGGUGGGUCUCUGGUACAGACGCCAGAGGUUCGCUAGAAGAAUGGUCGUCGAGCAAAGAACACCGCUGAUGGUUGCUUCGUUAUACGGGAGCUUGGACGUUGUCAAGCUUAUUCUCUCUUCCCCUGAAGCUGAGUUGAAUCUCUCGUGCGGUCCUGAUAAAAGCACCGCUCUUCACUGCGCUGCCUCUGGCGCUUCUGUGAAGGCCUUGGAUGUUGUCAAGCUGCUUCUGAGUGCAGGAGCUGAUCCUAACCUCCCUGAUGCUCAUGGGAACCGUCCCGUUGAUGUUCUCGCUGUGUCUCCUCACUCUCCUGGUUUGAGAACCAUCCUUGAAGAGAUCUUGAUGAAAGAUGAGACUAUAUCGUCUAGCUUGGGGUCUAGUUUCCGGUCUCUGUCUUCAUCUCCGGAUAACGGCUCCUCCUUACUCUCUUUGGAUUCGGUGUCUUCUCCAACUAAGGCCAAUGGUGUGGUGGAUGGAGGUUUUGAAUCAGAGAAAAAGGAGUACCCGAUUGAUCCAUCCUUGCCAGACAUCAAAAGUGGUAUCUACUCAACAGACGAGUUCCGUAUGUUCUCGUUCAAGAUCCGUCCGUGUUCUCGAGCUUACUCCCACGACUGGACCGAGUGUCCCUUCGCGCAUCCAGGCGAGAACGCCAGGAGAAGAGACCCGAGGAAGUUUCACUACACCUGCGUCCCGUGCCCUGACUUCAAGAAGGGCUCAUGCAAGCAAGGCGAUAUGUGCGAGUAUGCUCACGGUGUGUUUGAAUGCUGGCUACACCCUGCUCAGUACAGAACACGUUUGUGCAAGGACGGGACUGGUUGCAACCGUAGGGUUUGCUUCUUCGCUCACUUGAAAGAAGAGCUGCGUCCUCUGUACGCUUCCACAGGCUCUGGAUUACCAUCUCCUCGUGCUUCCUCCUCUGCUAUGGACAUGGCUUCUGUUUUGAACAUGUUACCAGGCUCGCCGUCUUCUGCUGCUCAGCAACACUCUUUCACGCCUCCGAUCUCUCCUUCUGGAAACGGUGUCAUGCAGCCUCCUCAUUCAUCCAUGGGUUGGCCUCAACAGAACAUACCGGCUCUGCAUCUUCCUGGAAGCAAUGUCCAGCUGAGUCGUCUGAGAUCUUCUCUGAACGCUAGAGAUGUGCAAGAGUUUGAAAUGCACAUGUCUUCCAGUCCACGCUUUAUGAAUCACUCCGCUCGUCCCAAGAACCUGGAGGAACAUUUCUCAGCCGCCGAGGUCUUAUCGCCACGUUUCUCUGAUCAGCUCGCUGUCUCGUCUGUUCUAUCACCUUCCCACAAGUCAGCGCUUCUUAAUCACCUGCAGAGUAGUAAUAAGCAGCAGAGCAUGCUUUCUCCCAUCAGGACAAACUUAAUGUCUUCUCCGAAGAACGUGGAGCAGCAUUCUCUGCUGCAGUCACCGCGAGGCAUGGAGCCUAUCUCUCCGAUGAACGCUCGGAUGAAACAGCAGCUGCAUUCGCGCAGCCUUAGCUCCCGUGAGUUUGGAUCCAAUCUUCCACGCGAUGUGAUGCAGGGUGGUGGUGGUGACUCUGGUUCGCCGCUGAGUCCGUGGUCGAGUUGGGACCAGAACCAUGGAAACAAGGUGGACUGGUCGGUGCAAUCAGAUGAGUUAGGGCGGUUGAGAAAAUCACAUUCCUUGGCUAAUAAUAGUAACUCGAACAGGGAAGCAGAUGUGACAUGGGUUCAGCAGCUGGUGAAAGAGACUGCAUCACCUAGGAACAGCAGCAGCAGCAACCUAUCCAUGAACAUGAAUGGUGGCGCAAGGCCAUUGGUUCAAGGUGGUGGUUCGAGUGGGAACAUUCACAGCGACGGUCGUGAGAGUGACAUUCUUGAUGCGUGGCUCGACCAGCUGCAGCUUGAUCGCUAACUCAGUGUGAGAGAAAGAGAGAGAGGUUGAUGUGUUCUGUGAAGAUGUGAAACUGAUGAUGAUUUGUUUAUUUUAUUAUUCAAGAAAGCACAACGGAGAAGUCACACAAAAAAGGUCCUGGUAAGUGCUUUUUUCGAAUUACUAAUAACACCAAAAGGCUCAGUUUUUGUUUUCAGACUUCUUUCUGAAAUUUCAUUUACUUUGUUGUUGUAAUUUUUACCUCAUUAAAUUGAUUAUUAUCUCUUCUGUUGUAGCAAAGGGGAAAGUGUUCCUCUUUGUCUCUUAUUAUUCUCGUUUUUUUUUUAAUUUGUAUUCUCGUUUCUCAGUUGUUUCUAAUAAUAUCUCAAGUCAUAUUGUC